UCUGCUUAAAAAUUUGCAAACAAAAUAAGCUGAAGGUGCGCAAGUUUUCAUGCGCAAUGAAAACUUCCUCAUUUUAAGCUGGUCGAUUACGGUGUUCCAUUUAGUUUUUCAGCUGAUCACGCUUUCAUUGGGCGCUCCGCAGACGACGCGUGUGUCAUGAGCGAAUCUCUUGCAGCGUAGUAAAAUCGAGUGCUUGUGUCGUGUAGCUAGCUAGUGGCAGUGAAAAUGUUUUCAGGACUUACAAAUCAGGUGAGUUCGUGGAUGGGAGCAGCUAAGGGCGACCCUCAAGAUGAAGAGGUUCCCACCCCAACGAAAGAAGCGACAGGAGAGGCUGCAGCAGAGAUGGACAAACAAAGCCCUACAAAGGGUGGAAGCAAAUUGGACCUCAUCACAAAUGUAAAGUCACAGAUGACAGGCUGGCUUGGCUCUGGAAUCCCUGGAAUUCCUGGUUUAAAAAAGAAUGAAGCACCCUCUGCUGAUGCUCCAGAAGUAGCUCCAGUAGAACCUGCUGAAGUGGCAGAAGUCAAGCCUGAGGGGAAAGAGGAUGAUGACAAUUCUAGGUACAUUAGUGCUACCGGUGGUGCGGAUAGUAGACCAGGGUCUACUGGUGGAACACCCACUGAAGAACAACCAGCCGGUGUCGGGAAUGUUUCAGGUCCGCACAGUAGAAAGCUCACAGUUGACGCGAUCGAAGUACCAAAUAUGCAGGAAUUAACUACGAAGGCGGUUGCUGGUGCGAAGUCCCUUGGGAAUUUCCUCUAUUCGGCCGUGAACAAGGCAGGCGCUAAAGUCAGCGAGGCGAGUGCCAAAAUAAAGAAGACUGUUGAAGAAAACAGCAUUCUUGGCGAGUUCAACCGCGAGCAGGACGCGUUUAUCAAAGGCCAAGAGAAGGGUGGAGGUGCUGCUACUGCGCCCUGGGUCGGCGCUCCCAAUGAGGCUUCACUGAAAGAAGAGUGUGUGUCUCUUUCAACUGACCGACGGAACUUCGUGCGAGCACCACCGGCUGGUGUGGAGUUUGACUUUGACUAUGACAAAAUGUACCCAGUGGCCGUAGCUAUUAUGGCGGAGGAUCCCAACCUUGAGAAAAUGCGUUUCGACCUUGUACCUAAAGUUAUAACAGAGGAGAACUUCUGGCGGAACUAUUUCUACCGCGUGUCCCUCAUCUGUCAGGCAAACGAGGCUGACGCUGUCGCCCGCCAGUCUAGCGCUGACGACUCGCAGGACAGUAAAUCGGCAAGCGAGGAUCUAAUUGAGAAAGAGAGUCAAUCGAUUGAUGACGUCAAGAAAAGAAUUAAAUCUUUGAAAGUCGAUAGAGAUGACGCUUAAGCGACGGACAUCGGUUUGUUAAAAUACCAUGGUAGCCCUACUUUCCCAUGGCCCAUACCCCGGCCGAUACAAUACUUUAUUCAUAAGAGUUCAUGUAGUUAUGUUUGUAGCAUCGCGGUGUAUGGAGUAUACUUCCCUUCUGUGUUUUCAUAUUAAUGUGAUAAUGCCGAAUCUGUGUAACAUAAAUAUUAUACAUAUAAAUAAAAAAAUAUACUCUGCUUAAAUUUAAAAAUUCAUAUAUAAUUUUUUUUAAAUAUUUGAUAGACAAAAUCUUACAGCUUGUGUAUCACGAAACAGCUGUCUAGUCACCCUGAGGGAACCGUAGGGCUUGGCCAUUCCAUAUUUUCCUUUAACUAUGCCCGUUAGGUUAGACGAAGCUAGUUUGACGAUAUCUGCUCAAUGCUCUAUUAUUUUUGGCUUUAUCACAUUAACGCUGUUGGAUCUCAUUGUUUUAACGUUAUUUGUAUUAAAAUUAUAUCGCUGUUCUAUAAUUUAACGAAUUCAAAGUAUAUCAUGUCUCAUACUUGUUGACGUAUCGUGUGUUGAUGUUAAUAUAUGACAAUAUAGCUUUUCUCCUUAUAUGAAUGUAUAUAUGUAUUCAUAUAAAGUCACUGUUUCAAAUUUUAGCUUUCAUCACCGGCUUGAGACAUACUGAAGUUGAAUCUUAAUAGUUAACUUAGUAGUCUGUCUCUAUUGAGGUAUUUAGAGGCAGUAAAUAUGAUGGAACUUGUAAACUGAAUGUUAUAUAUGUGUAUAAGUAUAGUGACGUCACUUAUUGUAUUCCGGUUUUAACAUUGCUACCGUCGCUCGGCGCCUGGUCCCGCAUUUAUUUACACGCUUCGAGUCUCAAAGUUGGUUCGUAGCAAUGUUGAAACUGAAUGUUGUCAGAUUUAUAUUCUAUUAAGGGUUUUCAAACUUGUCAAAUCAUAACUUGGAGCUAGUGGUUCAUAUAUAGCCGCGACAUAUCACUUAUGUGUGACAGUCAAUUAAAUUCACACUAACUGCCGUUUCUUAGGACUUUGAGCUGGCAACAUUGACCCUCUGUUAGCGAGACCCCGUACUUAAUGUUUCGUAGAGUAGUCGAUGUGGGGACAGGUGAUAACGUCAGGCCUAGAUUCUUUUCUGUCGCUACUAAUUUUUGUAUAUGUUUUAAUUGACAAGUCAUACUUUAGCUAAUAUUUCGUCCUUUAUCAGUAUUAUUAAACUAUGUUAUAAGUUCGUUCUGUUGUCUAUAGCGACAGUAUAGAUGUUACACUUUCUAUUGUCAAUACUUGAAAAAUGUUUAGUGAAAUAUAAUAUUAUAGUUAACGGCAUUUAUAGUUAGUUAUUAUGAAUUGAAAUAAUUAUAUUAUUCUAAAAUAA